CAAUGUAAAACAACAAUAAACAAUCUUUCCAACUGCUCCCACUUGUUCUCCUCCUCUCCUCCUCCUCCUCCUCCUCUGCCGAUCUUUCUGCAAUUAUCCAGACGACCCGUUUUUCUGGUCUGAGCCUUUCUACAGCUCGUCUUCAAUUGACAACGUGCAGAGCAGAGCUGGGGAGGAGAGAGCUCUUUUAGAGAUAUGGGGAGGUUGUUUGUGGUGAACCUCGAGGGGAAGAUCUACAGCUGCAAACAUUGCAAGACCCACCUCGGUCUCUGCGAAGACAUCGUCUCCAAGUCUUUCCACAGCAGGCAUGGGAAGGCUUACCUCUUCAAUAAGGUAGUUAAUGUCUUUGUCGGGAAGAAAGAAGAGAGGCUGAUGAUGACUGGGAUGCACACUGUUGCUGACAUUUUCUGUGUUGGAUGUGGAUCGAUUGUCGGGUGGAAAUAUGAGACUGCUCAUGAAAAGAGUCAGAAGUACAAGGAAGGGAAAUCUGUUCUCGAGCGGUUUAAGGUGUCUGGUCCUGAUGGGAGCAAUUACUGGGCGAGUCAUGAAGCCCAUGUCGGGGGAAGUGAUGCUGAUGAUGUCUGACAUGGAACUCAAACCUUGUAAAAGUUUGAAGUUCUCAAACUGUACAUUCUUUCAACCUCCUCUUCAAAUGAUGUGAAAAAUUCUGUUAUCUCGGCAGCCUCUGCAGCUGCUUGCUGCCGACAACAUGAACUGGGAAACAUUUGAUUGUUAUCAAUUCUGAUGUAUGACAUUCCAACUUCUUGCUGGAUGCUGAGUUGGAAACAAUGAAAUUAUCGUUUAAAAUCUUACCCUUCCGGUUUCACUUUCUCUUGAGUCGAAACACCUGUAUUUAAUUUUAUUUGAGUUGAACUGGGAAACAUUUGAUUGUUAUCGAUUCUGAUGUAAUAUAAUCCAACUUCUUGCUGGUUGCUGAGUUGGAAACAAUGAAAUUAUCGUAUAAAAUCUUACCCCUUAUGGUGUCA